CUUAACUACGAUUAGAUUCAUAGCAACCGUAACAUAAACAAACAAUUCGAGCUUAAAACGAUGUCUGAAUCUAUUGAAAAAAUUGGACUGUAUUUUGAUGAUUUAAAUAAAAUUCGUGUUUUAGAUCCUGAAGCCAGUCAGAAAACUAAUGCUUUGAAAGAAGAAUGCAAAGAAUAUGUUAGUAAAAUAUCUGAGUUUCAAACUGUGGUAGAUGGAUUUCUUCAAAUAUCUGACAAUUUGGCUUCUGAAGUUGAAAAAUCAAAACUUAAAGCUAUAGGCUCAAGAAAUUUGUUGAAAUCUAUUACUAAACAAAGAGAAGCACAGCAACAACAGCUGCAAGCAUUAAUUAUAGAGAAAAAACUGCAAUUAGAGAGGUUAAAAGUACAACAUGAAUCUUUAAAGAAAGAAGAAGUUGAGCAAAAUGAACUAAUAGAACAAUUUUUAAUGCAAAAGUAGUUUAAGAAUGUGUUUGUUUAAGUACAUUGUGUUGUAAAUAUAUGUAAAUAUGCACAUCUUAAUAUAUCUGGAAAAAAAUAUGUGUGCAUUUCUUUUAUACUGACUAACAUACAUUAUCGCAAUUAUAUUUGUCAUUUUUGUGAAAGCAAAGAUAUCUAAAUUGCACCAUACUGAUCUAGUGAUUUUAUACAUUAUAUGAUACAUUAUAAUAAAAAAAAUAUUCCGUAUAA